AUGGCCACUCUCACUAUGACUCCUACUCGUCAGCCUUUGGGCUGCUUGGAUACGAUGCCAUUGAUGCGCUCAAAACUUAAUCGUCAGAACCAGCAAAAUGGUGCCAUGUCUAUGAAGUCCACCCCAAUGAAGAGCUCUAUCUUCAUUGACGCCGAUUCUGAGAAUAUCAACCCAGCCAGCUUCUCCACAAAACGCAAGCGUACAUUCGAGGACGACGAGGAGAAGAGCGCGUCCAAGCCCAUCAAAAUAUCCCGCAUCGCUCUUUCCACCCGCAUCAACAUCUCCCCCCGUCUCUCAACCCCUUCAAAGAUCUCCACAAUUACAACUCCCAAAUCAGCUCCAGUUCUCAAGCCCGCUGGUCGCUCCCCACCACCAAAGUUGAGCAAGUCCGCCACUCGCCGUUCACUCAUCUCCAAGCCCCGCUCAGAGCAAUAUACCAAGCGCGGCGUCGCUCGUCCCUUCUCUCUUGCCUCUGUCCUCGCCCAAUCUACAACUCCCAAGCCUGCACCUGCUCCCAAGGCCCCUGCCUCGUGGGCCUUCGAUAUCCACGUCGACACCGAGCAGGAGGAAAUGACCAACCUGAUGCAACACUCUACUACUGUUCUCGAUAUCAGUGACGACGAGGGAAAAUUGGACACCUGCACCCGUGGAAAGGAGAAUAUUCCCCCUCACGAGCUGGGCAUCGAACUCCCCCAAGCUCGCCAGUCCGCCGCUACUAUCCCUGCCGCCUCUCGCAAGUCGCCCAAGAUGGAGGAGCCCCGUGCUCCGCUCGGUGAGCUCAAUGCUGCUGAAUACUAUGCCGAGGACUGCAAUGCUUUCUCCUACACAAUCGUCUAUGAUGAAGAGCAUGCUCCCGAGUUCAAGAAGCCUUCUUCGCCUCUUUCUCAGAGCCAAGAGGCAGUUGUCACUACUUCCAUCGCUUCUGUUUUAGAUGCGGUUACUUCACCGGCUGCUGAAACCCAGCACGAAUAUCACGAGAACUCAACUGAGAGCACCGACUCUGCUCUUUGA